AUGGUGGCGUUAACGACUCAAUUAACAGCUUUUACCAAUCAAGUUGUUAACGCAGGGCAAAGAGAUAGGGGAAGAGAACCAAUUAGGGUUCAACAGGGCAGAAACAAUCGUGCCGCAGAGCCAGUUAGGGUUCAACAUGGUGGAAACAAUCGUGGUGUUAAUGUUGAAAUCUCUAGUUCUGAUGAUGAAGAUCUUGAGGACGAAGAAGAAUCUGAUCAAGAGAAUCGACAAAACAAUCAUGAUUAUAGAGUAAAGGCUGAUAUUCCAUUGUUCUAUGGAACUAUGGGAGUGGAGGAGUUUCUGGAUUGGCAGAUUGAUGUUGAUAGAUUCUUCGAUGUGAUGGGUGUUCCUGAGAGCAAACAAGUUAAGAUGGUAGCAAUCAGGCUGAAGAAAACUGCUGUGUAUGAAGACUAUGAGCAGAUUCUCUACAAGAUGUAUCUCGAAUGUGUUCAAGGUAAACGAACAGUGACAGAGUACACAGCUGAGUUUACCGUAUGGACUGUGCAAGAGGCUUCUAGUUUAGCUUUGAAGGCUGAGCUAAUGGAGAAGUCAACUCGCAGUUUUUCUUCAUUCAAGAGGUUUACACCUCAGAAUAACUACGAGGCAGCAAACGAAAAGGAAAAGAAUGUUGUAAGCAAAGAUCCCAACCCUGGAAAUAAAGGAGCUAGUAGUUCUACCACUACUCAGCAGAGUAAAGCACCAGCUCAAAGGCAGAAUAAUCCUUAUGCUAAACCAUCUCUUGAUAAGUGUUAUCGUUGCCAAGGACAAGGGGUUGAAUUUGCUGAAGAGGAGUCACAUGAGAAGAUAAACAUUGUGCUUCAGAGAAUCUUAUUGUCAUCUAAGGACGAAGGACAACGCAAGAAUUUGUUUAGAACACACUGCUCAAUUCAAAACAAAGUGUGUAAUGUGAUUGUGGAUAAUGGAAGCACAGAGAAUUUGGUUUCUCAAAAGCUGGUUGAUUUUCUGAAGUUGCCAACAAAAGAACAUGAGAACCCAUAUCCUCUUGGGUGGAUAAAGAAGGGCUCACAAGUUCGAGUCACAAUGACUUGCAAAGUUCCCAUCUCCAUUGGGAAACACUACAAGGAAGAGUAA